AUGGCGCCGCGAAAAUCCCCCUUCGACCUCUCAAAGUGCGCGCGGCCGAACAUAUUAGCCCUCCAGCCUUAUCGCUGCGCUCGAGAUGACUACAAAGACGACGGCACAAACAUCCUCCUCGACGCCAACGAGAACGCCUAUGGUCCCGGCCUCUCCCUUAGCAGUACCGGCGCACUCAGCAAUGGCACCCCCUCUACCGCCAACGGCACCACACAAUCCUCCCUAGACAUCGACCUUCUCGGCCUCCACCGCUAUCCCGAUCCGCACCAACACCCCCUGAAGCAAGCCCUCUGCAACCUGCGCAACACGCACGUCCACACUGCCAAAGACCUGUCACCGGAAAAUCUGUUUGUGGGAGUGGGAUCAGACGAAGCGAUCGACGCCCUCCUGCGCGCCUUCUGCCGGCCCGGCGUCGAUAAGAUCCUGACAUGUCCGCCCACGUACGGCAUGUACAGCGUAUCAGCCGCGGUGAACGACGUCGGGAUUGUGAAAGUGCCGCUGGACGCGGAUAACGGGUUCGCUUUGCAGCCCGGGAAGAUCAACGCGCGGCUCAGCCAGGAGGAUGGCGGGGAGAUUAAGCUGGUAUACAUCUGCUCUCCCGGUAACCCGACCGCCAACCUAAUAAAGAAGGAAGAUAUCCGCCAAGUCCUCGAACACCCGACAUGGAACGGCGUAGUCGUGCUUGACGAAGCCUACAUCGACUUCGCGCCCGAGGGGUCCAGCCUCGCGGAGUGGGUCGCCGAGUGGCCGAACCUGGUGGUCAUGCAGACGCUGUCGAAGGCCUUUGGGCUCGCGGGGAUUAGGCUGGGCGCCGCGUUUACGAGUCCGGAAAUCGCAAAGCUGCUCAACAGUCUGAAGGCGCCGUAUAAUGUCUCGAAUCCUACGAGUCAGAUCGCGCUGGCGGCGCUGGAGGAGAGGAACUUGGGGGUUAUGCGGAGCAAUAGGGGCAGGAUUUUGGAGCAGAGGGAGAGGUUGCUUAGGGAGCUGCCCGGGAUUGAAGGGGUGGGCAGGUUUUUGGGUGGGGCGGACUCGAACUUUUUGCUAGUGGAGAUGUUGGAUAAGGAGGGCAAGCCGAGUAAUGAGGUCGCGUUGAAGGUCUACGAGGGCUUGGCGGAGGACAGAGGGGUGGUGGUUAGGUUUAGGGGGAAGGAGUAUGGGUGCUUUGGGUGCUUGAGGAUUACAGUUGGGACGGAAAAGGAGGUGGAUCGGUUUUUGGAGGAGAUUAGGGAUGUGCUGGCGGCUGUUCGCAAUGGGAGGCUACAGAACGGCGUGGCAGAUGAAGAGGAGAAGGAGAAGGAGGCGAAUGCUGUGGUUGCGUGA